AAAGACCCCCCUUUUUGGAGAGCCCUACAAGACAGCGAAAGGUGAUGAGCUGUCCAGCCGGCUACAGAACAUGCUGGGGGACUACGAAGAAGUGAAGGAGUUCUUCACCACCAAGCCCUACCCCCACCGCCCGGAUGCCCCCGAAAGCAGGCCGGGAAAGCCGAAGCACCCGUCGCUGCCCGACAGGGGCGGCGUUCCCGCCACCUCCUUCCACGCCAGCGCCCACCUGCAGUCCCCCCUGGCUCCCGCCUCCGCGCCGCCUCCUGCCGGUGCCCUCAGCCACCACCCGAGGAUGGCGCAGCCGCGGGUGGAGCCGGUGCCAGGGGCCCACGCCAAAAGCUACGGCCCGCCGGACAGCCAGCGCCCGGCCCCGGGCCGCCCCGGCCAGGAGGCGACCGGCUGUCACCGUCACAGGAAGGGUGACCGCAGAGCCGACGGCCAGCACUGUGCUCCUGCGCCCAGCCUGGCCGCGGGAAGGGAACUCUCGCCUUUGAUGUCCUCCCUGCCGUCCCCGAUCCCCCCUCUGUCACCUGUACAUUCCAGCCAGCCAAGUGUCCCCAGGAUGCAGGCGAGCAGCAAGGUCCCUAGCAGCAGCAGCAGCAGCAGCAGCAGCAGCAGCAGCAAAGGCUACUGCCCAGCCCGGUCGCCCCAGGACCUGGCCGUGAAGGUCCACGAGAAGGAGGCCCCCGACGACAGUUUGGGGGCGGCCGCCAGCCUGGGGGUCGCCCCCGCCCAGCCGCCCCCUUCCCAGGCCUUCCCCCCGCCCUCACUGCCCUCGAAGAGCGUGCCCAUGCAGCACAAGCCCACCGCCUACGUGCGGCCCAUGGACGGCCAGGACCAGGCGCCCAGCGAGUCCCCCGAGCUGAAGCCGCCGCCCGGGGACUACCGACAGCAGGCCUUCGAGAAGGCAGACCCGAAGGUUCCCGCCAAAGCCAAGCUGGCCAAGCUGAAGAUGCCCGCGCAGGCGGCCCAGCAGACCUACUCCAAUGAAGUCCAUUGCGUUGAAGAGAUUCUGAAGGAAAUGACCCAUUCGUGGCCACCUCCUCUGACAGCAGUACACACGCCUGGCACAGCCGAGCCCUCCAAAUUUCCUUUCCCCACGAAGGAUUCUCAGCACAUCACUUCUGCAACCCAAAACCAAAAACAAUAUGACACGUCCUCCAAAACCCACUCCAGUUCUCAGCAAGGGACCUCCGUGCUUGAACAUGACCUGCAGCUUAGUGACAGUGAAGACAGUGACAGCGAACAGACCCCAGAGAAGCCGCCUCCCUCAUCUGCACCUCCAAGCGUGCCCCGGUCGCUCCCGGCGACAGCGGCGUCAGCGCAUUCCAGCAGCGGGGAGUCCGAGAGCACCAGCGACUCGGACAGCUCCUCGGACUCGGAGAGCCAGAGCAGCUCAAGUGACAGCGAGGAGAACGAGCCCCUAGAGACCCCGGCUCCCGAGCCCGAGCCUCCGGCGACCAACAAAUGGCAGCUGGACAACUGGCUGACCAAAGUGGGCCCGCCGGCCGCGGCCCCCGAGGUCCCGGCAGUCCCUGAGCCCGCCCGGCGACGCCAGGACAACAAGGACAGUGGUGACAGUGGCUCCUCGAGCCAGGAGCGUGCCGAGUCCAAAGACCCGCCCCCCAGAAGCUCCGGCAAAGCGGCCCGCGUCCCCCCGGAAGGCCCCCAGGCAGGGAAGAGAAGCUUCCAGAAGUCUCCGGCGCGGCAGGAGCCCCCGCAGAGGCAGACGGUGGGCACCAAGCAGCCCAGGAGGCCGGGCAAGGUCCCCGGCCCGGUGGCCGGGCUGCAGGUGGAGAGCGAGCCGGGCCCGCCACCCUGCGGGGCCACCAGGGAGCAGCAGGCGCCCAAGGACAAGCCCAAGGUCAAGACGAAAGGCCGGCCCCGGGCCGCCACCUCGGGGACACCUGGCCCCGGCGACAGGAAGAAGCACAAGGGCUCCCUCCCGGCCCCGUCACCGUCCUCCUCGGCCAAGGCACUCUCCGUCCCGGAGGCCACCAAGGGCAGCGUGGGCGACAGGAGCCCCGGCCCGGCCACCGCGGUCCCCGAGACUCCCAGCCAGGGCAGUGGCCCCAGGACUAGUGGCGGCCACCCCGCUUCGGUCGCCCGGGACGACGGCCGCAGAGACAGACUCCCGCCGCCCCCCAGAGACCCCCGGUCGCUCUCCCCGCUCGGGAACAGUCCCGCCCCGCCGCCCAGCCUGGUGGUGAGGAUCAGCCUGGGCCUCCUCUCCAGGGUCCCCCCGCCGCCCCAGGGGACAGGGAGCAGCCGCCAGAGGAAGCCCCCGCAGCAGCAGGGGGACGGGCAGCCGCCACCCGCAGGGAGGAAGCCCGAUCCCGAGAAGAGGAGCGGGGACAGCUCGAGCAAGGCGGCCAGAAAGAGAAAGGGUGAAGCCGAGAGAGAGCAUGACCACAAAAGAGUCAAAGUGGAGAAAGAAACCAAAUCGCAGUCCUCCUCCUCCUCCUCCUCCUCCUCCUCCCACAAGGAACCUUCUAAAACAAAGAUGCCCCGGCCCUGCGCAGAGCCCUCAAGGAAGGAAAUGCUUCCUCCCCCAGCCUCUCUCAUGGUGCUUCCCUCCAGGAUGCCCCGGCCCUGCGCAGAGCCCUCAAGGAAGGAAAUGCUUCCUCCCCCAGCCGUCUCCUCCUCCUCCUCCUCCUCCUCGUCCUCCGCCGCCGCCUCCCAGAAGCCCGCCAAGCCUGCACACAAGCGGUCCAGGCGGGAAGCCGACGCCUGCGGCCAGGACCCUCCUCAAAGUGCCAGCGGCAGCAAGAGCGGCCACAAGGACUCCUGCGUCCCCAAGCACAGAAAAGUCGAGGGCAAGGGCUCGGGAAGCUCCGGGGGACACAAGUCGGCGCACGGCCUGCGAGGUUCGUGGACGGUCACUGUUGCGGUGGACUCGGGCCUGUACACGGGCCUCCCUUCCAACGUGGCUCAACACGGGAGAAACCGGCCAGGAGGAGAGAGGCGACCCCGACGGACACUGGCCAUGUUCAAGAUGGACUGGCAACGCAUGCUGCGGGACCAGGAGCAGAAGGUACAAGUGUAA